UUUGAUUAAUAGAAUACAGAAAGUGUAGACUAUCUAAACUAUAAUAUCAAAAUAGAAAAUAAUUGCUCAAAAAUGAUCAAUUUUAGGCAUUAAAUUAUCUGAAAUAUUAUAAUAGGUAUUGCUUUUUCUAAAGGAAAACAAUGAAUUAAAAUCGAAGUUUUAUUGUGACAUUGAAAUUCAUAGAAUCAUUGGAGUGUUGUUAAUAGGAAAAUAUAAAGAAAUCUUUAAUUAGACUCGUCAAUUUAUUUUAUUUUUGCGCUUAUUAGAAUGUAAAAUCGUUUAUAAACGGAUUCAGACUAAAUUGAUUGAUAGUAGAGUAAAUGUUGACAAUUGAACGCAUAAAAAGUUAAAUAUUUGCACAGUGUUAUUCAAAUCUUUGAAAAUUAAAAUGGAAAUAUUUUAAGUAAAACAGCUUUUAAAGAUAAUAUUGACUAUCGUUUUAAUGGACUUAAUGUUUGACUUCGGACUUAAAAGCACCAUUUUAUGUACCUUUAUCAUACAGUGUAAACGUAGCAAGUUUGACAUACAAAUUAUAAAACUAUAAAAAAGUAUCUAAGUACAUAUAUAAAUAAAUGUUCAAUACGCAAUUACCAUAAAGGCAGGAAGAAGUGGAAUUUAAUUAAAACGGACCGAAGAAAAAAUAAAAGACGAACGAUUUGUUUGGAUCCUUAAUAAAUACGGGAAAAUGUCUACGAAAGAGGAAACACACCCUACAAUGUCAGAGAUAGAAGAGGAUUAUGAGGUAAAGGAUGAUUCAAGACCUUUCUUCCAGCGUCAGCCAUGUGAGGUCGGUAUCUAUAUGACAGUGUAUGAAGCCACUCCAGUGGACAAGAAAAGCAUUGGUUUAGCACAUUUCUUUCUUAUGCACACAACAGACAUUCUUUAUGAAGAAUUUCGAAAGAAGGAUACUGUUAAAAUCAGAGCAACGUUGGAGCAUAGGCAAUCACUAACAGACACAUACAUUGACCGAUUUGAACCAGGGAUCGUUAUGGCCGUUGGCUUUGAUACCGUGGAGGCACUUGAUUAUCUCUGGGCCAUUCACAGACAGAACAAACUGACUGCUUUAAUGCACGAGGUGUUGAUUACAUCAGAUGUUCUAAAAGCGGCUUCUAUCACUGCAAUAACCAUUGAAACAAAGCUAUGGGAUGAUGAAUAUUAUGUGUGCAAGGAAGCAAUAUUGUCAAGAAAACCAGAAAUAUUGGACAUCCAGUACAGACAAAAUGAUCUGAAGAUGGUUCAGAGACUGAAGGCAUACCAGACGGUCAUUGCAACCGAGCUCUCGUCAAUGCGAGAUCUCGACAACGAGAUGGAAUUAAACCGAACAGAUUUCAUGAACUGUAUUCGGAAUUUGUUGCCCAAUGAGACCGAAGAAAUUUCUACUCUAAGAGAGUAUGAAAAAUUGGCCAAAUCGCAGAAGGCGCGAAAAAUGCACUACAAAGAUUUGCUGGAUUUAUAUUCAACAAUUAUCAAAACAUGGCGUUCAUACUACGAUACGUUUGAAGAGGAAAUUGCAACACCUUUUUUGCAGAUUCACAAAGUUUGUGAAAAUGCAAAACAGAGAGAAAUUAAGGCAAAAGUGGUUGGUAAUAUCAAAGGGAUGAAGAAAAUGUUAUUGUCGGAUUCAAAUUUACAGGAAGUGACGCAUCCGGAAAUGGAACGAAAAUUCAUUCAGAAAGAGGCUCCAGUAUUUUUGGGCCUGCUCAGUCUGGUUCCAUUGGGUGUUGACAGGCUUGCAGAGAUUGAUAUUCUCAUUGACGAGUAUGUAAGGGAGUUCAAACUGGACAACCUGAACGCAUGAAAACUAUAAUUCAGUUGAUGUUGAUGAUACACUAUUUCAAUCCUGUUAUUUUUUUAUUUUAAAGGCGGACAAUCACAUUUGCAUGUCACUUAUUGUUCAUUUUUGCAAUAUUGAUCAAAGAUUUAUUACAGGUAUAAAACGGCCGAUUACAUAGAGACUGAUCCCUGUAGAAAUGCAUCUUUAACUUGUUUUAGAUAUUUUCUAGUUGCCCCCCUUAGAUCGGAAAUAAUUUCAAAGGCGGACCAUUUCUUUUGAUUACAAAAUAAUUUCUAGUUUAACAAUUGCAUUUGAAAUUUAUUUUUAAUGGAAUUGACUGAUUAUUUCAGUUAUUUGGAACUAAAACUCAUAUCUGAAAAUGAAAAAUUAAACAAUUCUCAUAUCAAAAUGUUAUCAAUAUUGCGCUUUGAAAAGUAAUAUGUAAAUUUACCGUAUCAUUAUAUAUUAAACAAAUAUGCAAAACCCGUA